AUGCCUCGCCGGCCAGAUGUCUCAAGUGUUCUUUCUAUAAUUUUAGCAGCAAACAGAACUUUGUUGUGUUUUUCCUCAUCUUUUGCAUGGUUGUUUAAUGAUAUUUUUAGGAAAUUCUGUCCUAUAGUUGUCUUCAGCGAAGAGGUGCAUUUCCCCUUUAAAUUAACAAAUCAAUUUUACUUUGAUUGA